AAUCGCAUCAAGUUAUUAGUCAUAGAACCUCCCAGAAGUUUCGUUUCUUUUAUUUUUCCCUCCAUAGAUCAUCAAACAACCCUACGAUCUGCUUGCCAAACCAUCAUCCAACGGUCCAAAUCAAACCCCACCUUCUUCCUCUUCUAUUUUUCACCCACCCGUUCUCUCUGCCUCCACCUCUCUCUCCUUAACUCUCCGCGUUCUCAAGAUUCUUUCAUCUCCCAUGGCCACUCUCCUUAAAACGUUGCCGUUUAAAUCCCCUCCUCCUCUAACUCCACAUGUAACGCUCAUUUCCUUAAACUCUUCGAAGCCCUUUCAUGUCUGCUUCAAACAAAGACUUCCUCGUACAACCUGUCCCCUCCGCUUCAGCUCCAUUCCCUCUCUUCGGUUCGUAAAGUUGGUUCCAUUUGCUUCAAAUGGAGGUGAAACUCAAACUACUGAUACCCAACAAGUUGUUGAAGAACCCCAAAUUGAGGACUCUUCAGAUGGUGCUGUCGCUGUUGAAGAGGAUGCUGGUGCAGAUGAGAUUAGUGAUGUUGAAGAAACACCUUCAGCCAUUGCAUCCUUGCUUCAAUCAUACAAAGAAGCUUUGGCAAGUAAUGAUGAGUCAAAAGUUGCUAACAUAGAAGCCAUUUUAAAAUCCAUUGAAGAUGAGAAAGUUGAUCUUGAAAAGAAAAUGUCUUCUUUGUUAGAAGAAUUGUCAAUAGAGAAGGAUCGGAUUCUCAGGAUUAGUGCUGACUUUGACAACUUUCGUAAGAGGACAGAGAGAGAGCGCCUUUCAUUGGUAACAAAUGCCCAAGGAGAAGUUUUGGAAAAUUUAUUGUCUGUUUUGGAUAACUUUGAGCGAGCUAAAGCCCAAAUUAAGGUUGAGACGGAGGGAGAAGAGAGGAUAAAUAACAGCUAUCAGAGCAUAUAUAAGCAGUUUAUGGAGAUUUUGGGCUCACUUGGUGUUGAACCUGUGGUAACAGUGGGAAAUCCCUUUGAUCCAAUGCUGCAUGAAGCAAUUAUGCGCGAGGAUUCCACAGAAUUUGAAGAAGGUAUCAUUCUUCAAGAAUUUCGCAAGGGGUUCAAGCUGGGAGACAGGCUGUUACGUCCAUCAAUGGUUAAAGUAUCGGCUGGUCCAGGGCCUGCAAAGCCUGAACAAGGAGAGUCAUCAGAAGCAGCAGAUGCCGGUGAUGACACCAGUGAAACUGUUGAGAGCAAUGAAACUGCUGAAAACAGUGAAACUACGGAGACCAGUCAUGGAGCAGAGUCUUCUUGAAGACUAGAUAGAGAACCUGGAUUCAGUUUUGUACAAGCAAACACAUGGUAUUAAUAUUACCUCCACUGUUAGGACUUAAAAUGGCUAAUGAGGCAAUAUCAGUGGACGAGUUAGUUGAGUGGAAUGUGCUCUGUAUCAGAUUUCAGGUAUUCUCAAACUGCAUAAGAUAAUGCUUGUACCAGGCUUUAUCUAUUA